AAUGGCAGGCGCUGGAGAGCGCAAAGGAAAGAAGGAUGACAAUGAUGGCACAGCCAUUGAUUUUGUAUUGUCCAAUGCUCGACUGGUCCUGGGUGUGGGAGGUGCUGCCAUGCUGGGGAUUGCCACCUUGGCUGUUAAGCGGAUGUAUGACCGGGCAAUCAGUGCUCCAGCCAGCCCCACUCGCAUGAGUCAGUCAGGAAAGAGAAGCUGGGAGGAACCAAGUUGGCUUGGAUCAUCAUCUCGGUUAUUGAACCAAGAUAUGAAGACUAAUAUUAGCCGCUCUCUGCAGACUCUUCCCACUGAUUCUUCAGAUUUUGAUAUAGAUUUGAUCAAACCCACAAAGCAGAAAUCAUCCAUCAAGAAAAGCCAGGUGGAGCUGAAGAAGUCCCGCCUCCGAAUGUCCUUGCAAGAGAAGCUGUUCGCGUAUUACAGGAGGAAGGUGGCCAUCCCUACAGAAGAGCAGGCGAAAGCCAAGCAGGCUGCUGUAGAUAUAUGUGCAGAACUGCGUGGUUUCCUCCGUGCCAAGCUGCCAGACAUGCCUCUCCGUGAAAUGUACCUGAGUGGUAGCCUCUAUGAUGAUUUGCAGGUUGUGACUGCUGAUCACAUCCAGCUCAUGGUUCCUCUGGUGCUGGAACAGAACCUGUGGUCUUGCAUUCCAGGUGAAGACACCAUUAUGAACAUCCCUGGCUUCUGCCUGGUACGACGGGAAAACCCAGAAUACUUCCCUCGUGGUAGCAGUUACUGGGACCGCUGUGUGGUGGGGGGCUACCUUUCACCCAGGGCUGUGUCCAGCACCUUUGAGAAAGUUGUGGCAGGCUCCAUCAACUGGCCAGCUAUUGGGACCCUCCUAGACUAUGUGAUCCGUCCAGCAGCACCCUUGGAAUCUCUGACAUUGGAAGUCCAGUAUGAAAGAGAUCGGCGCCUUUUCAUAGACUUCUUGCCAUCUGUGACGCUAGGUGACACUGUCUUGGUAGCCAAACCACACCGACUGGCCCAAUAUGAUAAUCUGUGGCGGCUCAGUCUUCGGCCGGCAGAGACAGCUCGCCUGCGGGCCUUAGACCAGGCUGAUUCUGGCUGCCGUUCCUUGUGCCUCAAGAUCCUCAAGGCCAUAUGCAAGCUGAACCCGGCGUUGAGUCACCUUUCUGCUAGCCAGCUUACCAACGUCGUACUGCACCUGGAGGAGACUGACUGGUCACAAGACAUGCUCGCUGACCGUUUUCUGCAGGCCUUGAAAGGGCUCAUCGGCUAUUUGGAAGCAGGGGUCCUUCCCAGCGCUUUGAAUCCCAAGGUGAACUUGUUUUCAGAGCUUACUCCUGAAGAGGUGGAUGAGUUGGGUUACACUCUGUACUGUUCCCUUUCGGAACCAGAGGUCCUCCUGCAAACAGAAUAGCUGCCUUAUACGUGAGAACAGUGUUGGAGCUUCCUGCCCACAACAGGUUCUCUCUGACACAUCCUGAGUGAGAUAUGCAUAACCUGCCCCAUUCUUUUCACAAGUUCGUCCUGUUUUUCUUUCCGUUUUUAUCAUACUGUGAGAGCGGGGAGGUCCAUUAGAUUUCUUGGUGCUAUUAGUCCAGUUCCAUUACCCGCAUAGUCAUUGUCUCAUGGGGCAAGAAGUUAUGUGGAUUGGCUGCUUGGUCUAUUAGAAAGUCCUUGCUGUGGUCCCAACUGCCUGCCCCAACCCUGUGCAACCCGCCACCCCGGUAAUAUGCUAUGACUUGCUGCACUGAAAACUCUCACUCCCACCUAGGAAAGUGUGGGAUUGGGCCAGUAACCUACUGCCAAUUUUUGGAAACAUCUAAAUAUGGUGAUUCUGUGCCCUCUUCCCCCAAGGGAUUCAGUCCCCUAUUGUUGGUUUGAGUGUGGGAGUUUGUUUUUGUUCCUCUCACACCCCAAAGUGCAUGGCAGUCUGGAUGAAAAGUUUCAAUAGAAAUAUUUAUAGUGGAGAAUGUAUUUGUGUGAGCUCUGUGCAUUGAUUGUAUUUAUAUUUGCCGUGCGGGGGGGGGGGUGUCCAGAGAGAGUUUGAACAUUUGCAUAGGUUCUCACCAAUGUAUCCCCAUUUUUGGGAAACGGGGGAUAAACUCCCCAGCCAAUCUGAUGCCCUUCAAUGUACACAAAUUUGGUUCUUUUAUUGCAUGCAUGUUUGCAAAACUGUCGCUAGACCCUUAAUGUGUCUAGAAGAAUGUAGGGAGAGCAGUUUCCUGUAUGUGGCUAUCAAGAACACUUCCCACUACAAGUGGUAACUGUCCAAGAAAAUACAAACUGCUAGGGAAAACACAUUCUUUAGUUUUUAUUGUGACAUGGAACAAGUAGCUCUGGAAGUAAGGCGCCACAUUUUCAAAUAUUUCCGUUUUGAACAUUCAAAUUCUUGCUGAAAGCACUGCGGCUGGAGUGUGCUAUGAGGAGUAGUUGAGGUUCAGACCUUCAUCACCCAAUUGCUAGAAUUAAUGGUCACUACCUUGUACCUGCCAAAACGUUAGGUGCAUAAAAUGACUAGUCACUAGAAACAAGAGACGAAGGUUCUACAGGAAGGCAAAAGAAAGCUUGAAUAAAAAGUAAAAUUGUGCUUUUAAUACGCUUUUAAAGAGGGUGGCACAUUUCACGCUUAAUCACCUUGCCCUUACUGCUUUUAAGGAGUCAUCAGCUUUAAUAUACGCAACACUGCUCUGCAUCUCUGGCUGCUCCUUGAGAUAAUGGCACAGCUCAGGGAGUGGCCGCUCACUCUAGCUAUGUCUCCUGCUCUGCAGACAUGAAAUGGGCAUUGACCGUGAAUGUCUUAUCUCUCAGGAAUGUUUGGAACUGUUACUGCUGCCAUCACCAAAAAAAGAAAGAAAGUGGCGAGAUUCUUGUGUGUCAAGCCUGUGUGACAAGCAUUGCUAUGGUUGUAUGUAAUUUUGCAGGCAUGGCUCCCCUGUUUUCACAUUUGAAAUGCUCACCUUUGCUGCUGAAAAGGCACCAUAAAUAAUGAGUUAAUUUGUAGGUAUAAGGAACAAGUGCCCUUUCCUGUUCUUUUUUUUUUUUUAAGGUGGUGCUUAUGUUAAUAAGUUAAGCCUUUGGUGUGGUUCCAGAGUGGAGGCUUUAAUCUAUAUACCAACUUAACCUGGGUACCCCCCCCCAACAGUCUGUCCUUUCAAUUUUGUCUGCUAGAUGGUAUUUGUUGCACAGCAGAGAAACAGUGUUGCGGUUAUUUAAGCCUCACCAGAUUUACAGCCAAAGACUUGAAAGGUUGUGUGUGGGUGUCUGGUAAUACAUAGCCUGGAAAAACACCAGGUUUUUCACUCAUCUCUCAGCCGUCCUUCCAAUACGAGUCUUCCUGCCACACAUGCUGACAUGGAUGCAUGGGGAUUUUAGGGGGAUGGAGACCUUGCUAUUUGAACAUGAAUAGAUAUUUUAAGAGUCGUACGAAACCCCACAUUGACCUCUUCUGUGUUCAUCCAGUUUCCUCUUUGCCACCAUUCUGUUGCUUGUUUCAAAGUUGCAGCAUGGUAGCAGGGAGAUCCUGCAAGGAAAGUAGGAGGGAUCUAGUUUCUCCUGCUUUUCCGCUUCUCAAAUGCAUAUCAUUACAUGCUCAGUUAAGAAAAUGAAUGCUUUAUUACUGACUAGGAACAUAAUUAAUAGAAGCCUUGACCAAGACAUGUUGCCAUGAAGCUAAAUGCGUAUUGAAUGUAGGCUUAGGCCAGCAAGACACACUUGUAUUAUUCACUUUAAUUGCUUUAGCUGUUCCUUUCUCAAAGUAAUGAAUUCUUUCUUUGAGGCACCUAAAAGAGGACGAGGGAUUUGAGCCUAUUUCUUAGUAUGGUAGGUGCACAUAAUUCCACGAGUAGGAAAUAAGAGACCAUGCUAUGGACAGUCAACACAAAGUUUAAAGUCGUAAUGGUUGGGAGAAGCAUGUCUGGGCUAUUCCUUAUUUCUGUGGCAGGGGAUGUAGGACAGGCUAUGCGGGACAGCUAUAACAAUAUUGCACCAAUUCUGCUAUGUGACUAGAUGAUUCAUUCUGAAGAAUGUUUACACCGCCACCAGUAUUCAGUAAAAAUGCAUGUGUAUAUCUAGGAGGGUUUGGUCUUAAGCACUUGUGGACUCCUUAUGUGAAAUGUCAGAACAAAUUGUAGAUGCCAGUAGUGUCUAGCUGCUUUCUCAUAUCAUGGGGAAUGGGGAGGCCUUGGUAUAAAAUGAAUGAUUGUCAUAGGCCCAGGAGUCGAAGUCUGCUGCUGCAUUCUUGAACCCUGGGAAAGCAUCGACGUACUAUCUUGAUGUUUAGGUCACACCAGCUAAUGUGAUUUGCCUCUAAACUGCAGGGUGGGGACCAUCUAUCUCAACUUGAAGUCUUUCAUUGUUGUCAAACUCCACUACUGAUCUUCCAAACCUGUUAAAAUUCUUAAUACGACAACUUAAUUAUGUAAAUUAUAGACUUCUUCUAGUGUCUGUGUGUCCAAGAUAUUGAAGAGAAAGGAAUUAGAUACUUCAGCCUCUCUCAAGUCCUAAUGCUGUGUAAGGGAGUUGGAAGAACAAGGUCUAGUGCAUGGUCUGUGACUGUGUGGAAAUUAUGAAAUAAAACAACUUUUCCACAA